UCCCCGAGGGGCGGGACAGUAGUAAAAAAUUUAAUAAUUUAAUUAAUUAACUGCUGAAAUUAAUUAAUUAACGAGAAAUUAACGAUUGUUUACGAUCAAAACAUCGCCACCUAUUUUUACACCACAUUGAUUUGACAGUUCGAUAUUGCGCACAAUUGUUGUUGUUGUUUUUGUUGAGCCGCAAGCGGGAGAAAACUUUGUCGGCGUGCUCGAUGGGGGAACCACACACCAACCAUACCAUAUCCGAGCGGAACAACAUGCUCAAGUGUACCGUCUGCGUGUUAUCUUCCCUGUGCGAUCACGUUCCGGCUGCUUCUUCCAUCGACGCUAUCGACGUGGACGAGGACGUGGACUUGCUAUAGUACUUGUCGCAAGCGAGGUCGCAAGUGAUGUUCUGCCGCCGGAAGAAAUCCUGCCAGCCCGACAACAGGAAUCGGACUUUACCGGCCAGCAACGACGCGCUAGAAGAAAUCAUCGAUCACAGCGCUCUCUUCGGUCGACCUGAUGCACGUCAAGAUGAAGUGAACGAUCAACUCUUCAAGGCGUCAUAUCAGAAACGGUUUCUGCUGGCGGACGCAUUCAACAAUUCAGUCCAUGUCAGCCGAGAAAUGCCACGUUGGAUACCAAAAUUUGGGACCUGUCUUUUCACCGCCAUUCCCCCCAAGUACCAGGAGGCCUGUCAGAAAUGUCUCCAGCUGCCGGCUUGUUUCGUCGAUGUGAAGCUUACUGUUGCUUUCCCAACACUCGCUGCGAUGUCAUACGACCCGGCCCCUGUUCCCGGAGGACGAUGCCAUCCUUGAGGAUCUGGUCUUCUCAGCCGACGUCGUGAUGUCAAACAAUCAUGAACGACCAGCUGAUCGUGGGAAGCAUAAACACAAGCAGAAGAUAGUUUUUUUUAUUUUUUUUUUAU